AUGUCUACUUUCUCGACGGCUAGCCCUACCCAUUUCCUUUGCUCCGUCUCGACUGUCUACUACAUGUACGAUAGCGAGUUUGCUCAUUCUCUCGGCUGCGUCCAUGGUGCGCUGCUCGUCGGUGCCCGCAACAUCAAUGCUGACCUCGCUAUUGCAGGAGGUGUAGUCAUACAGGCCGGAGGAGAGCGCGAGGGCGAUGGACUCAGCGACCUCGACCUUCCGCAACAGUCAGCGCUGGCGGCUAAAAGCUGUCUGGGACAGCCUCGACAUCGAUCGCACUCGACCCCUGGCUGUCGCGCUCCUCGCGGCGUCGCUGCACUGCGGCCGAGAACACGCGCCGCCGCGUCUCGUGUGUCGCCCUCACCACGAACGAACAUCCGAUUCCCUCAACUAACCGGAACUAUCAACAACGCAGAAGCCCGUGUAGCCGUACUGCCCGACGGUCGCAGGGAGCCAACUCGUACCCGUGCCCCACGCUACCUCCCCUCGACUCACAACGCACGACGACGGACACUCGCCAUUCUUCUCGGCGAGUCAUUACCGUCGCUGUCGACUCCCGCCUCUGACCCCGCUCCAGACUCCACCAAUCACCUUGCCGGCGUGCCGACACAACGCCGUUCAUGGCCCUUUUUCCGCCGCAGCGCAGACGCGAGCGGCCUGUCCUAUUCCGUGGUGAUUUCUUCGUGCAAUCGCGAUCGCCGGACGCGCGCGUGCGUCCGCUUACACGUCGAAGGACGCGUUGAGGGUGAGUACACCCCUCUCAAGUUUACUCGGAACUCGUCGGAAAUGCGGUUUGAGAGCUCACGCGGUGCUACUCGAGUAUUUGCGUGGACCCCGAACCGCCGGAGGCACGCUCGGGCUGACUCGCUGCCAAGUCUCGGCCCCAACACGACGCAUAUCGAGGCGAUCAACGCGACGGAAGAGGCGUGCUGUACCCCCGUCACCGCAAUCUGA